UAACCGCAAUUUGUGUAUUCAAAAUGGCGACGGAAGUUCUUAAAGUUGAGCCACAGGAUUCGAUAGAAGCGCUUCAGCGUGAAGCUGAGGAAUUAAAAAAAAGAUUGGAGGAAGAAAAGGCGAAACUUAAAGAUGUUGAAAUGUGUAAAGCUGCAAGCAAGAUUGAUCCUAUAACAAACUUUAGUAUGAAGCAGCGUCGCCAUUUGAAGGGACAUCAGGGAAAAGUACUGUGCAUGGAUUGGUCUACUGAUAAAAAACACAUAGUUAGCUCCUCACAGGAUGGAAAGAUGCUGGUGUGGGAUGCUUUUUCUACAAAUAAGGAACAUGCUGUGACUAUGCCCACCACCUGGGUAAUGGCUUGUGCAUACGGUCCUUCAGGGACAAAAGUGGCUUGUGGGGGCCUAGACAACAAAUGCACAAUCUAUCCAGUGAGUUUGGAUGAUACUGAUAUCUCCAGCAGGAAGAAGGCAGUGGCCACCCACACAAGCUACCUGUCAUGCUGUACUUUCACCUGCUCUGAUCAUCAGAUUCUGACAGGGAGUGGUGAUAGCACCUGUGCAUUGUGGGAUGUUGAAAGUGGUCAGCUGAUCCAGAGUUUCCAUGGACAUGCCGGUGAUGUCAUGAGCAUUGACCUUUCACCCUCCGAGACUGGAAACCUGUUUGUGUCUGGGGGCUGUGACCGGACAGCUAUGGUGUGGGACAUGCGAUAUGGGGAGUGUGUUCAGGUGUUUGAGGGUCAUGAGUCCGACAUCAAUAACGUGCGCUUCUACCCCAGUGGAGACGCCUUUGCUACGGGCUCUGAUGAUGCUACUUGUCGACUGUUUGAUCUACGGGCAGACCGCGAGGCCAAUUGUUAUAAGAUGGAAAGCAUCAUAUUUGGAUGCAAUUCUGUGGAUUUUUCGAUCAGUGGGCGAUUGUUGUUCGGUGGUUACAACGAUCACACGGUGAAUGUCUGGGAUGUUCUCAAGGGCAACAGGGUGACCAAACUGUAUGCACACGAAAACAGAGUGAGCUGUCUGGGCAUCUCACCUGACGGUACAGCCCUGUGUACCGGCAGCUGGGACAACACCCUCAAGAUAUGGGCCUAAGCCAAUCAAGCAAUAGUGCAUAUAAGAAAUCCAGUAUAGACUGCACAUACAUUUACAUAUAUAAGGGAGAGAUGGCAUCAAAUACCGAAAUGUGUUAUGUGUGUUUAUUAGAAAUGUAUAUGUAUUUGAAUAAUGGUGUACAUGUAGUUCACAGCUUUUAAAGUGGUAGUUGAUACAUGUAGUAUUGAAUUGUUGUUCUACUUAUUGACCUUAGAUCUGCUACAGACACUUCAAAAUAUAAUGUGAACAAUAAUAUUGUUUAGAAUUACUAAGGAAUUGGUUUGAAAAAGGUGCAUUGUUUUAUUAAGUUUAUCUGCUACACGAUGUAAACAUUUUUUCAUGCAGGUCUGAUUCCUUUUUAUUAAUCCACUUGGUUACUGUUGAUUUUUUGACAGAGGCGCAAAAUAAGCUUUAAACAACAUGUGCUAAUCUGUUAUUUUUGUUAUUCGAAGAAAGAUUAGUAGACCUGUAUUUAAUAGUCAUAGUCUGAAAUAUACUGCCAGUGUAGUAAUAAUAAGUUAUCAAAUAUGUUGUUUUUGAUAGUUAUUUAUAAAAUAGAUUGUCACAUUUUAGUUGUGUAUAGGCUGUAAAUUGAUCACAAUUUUGAGUUCUGACCUAUGUUAUUACCAUAUGGACACAGAAAGCCUUCAGCCUAAGUUGUUUGAUGUCUGCCUCUCAGAUUAAUAAUCGUUGUGUAUUUACAGAUGAAGAUAGAUAUUACACAUAUUUCUGCAAAUAGUAGCAAAGUCAUGUUAAUAUUUUUUUAUGAAUUUAAAUAGCUAUCUUUACACAAAAAGGGCUUUUCUACUUCCUGUUAUGUUAUACAUCUCAUGUGUGUAUCAAUGACACAACAAAUUGGCAAGUAUUUGCAAGAUUUUGUUUUUAUUGUCAUUUUUGAUCUGACCCAAUUAAAACAUGUGUUCAUUUUAAAAGUGUUUAAAAUGGAAAAAAUGUGUUUUCUAAAAUGAUUGUUAUGUUGUUGAUGAAGAACCUAUAUUGUUCUCUGUUUUGUUAUUUUAUAUAGUUUGUAUAGGCAUAUACACUUUGUAUAAUUUACACUAUGUGAUCUGUCAGUUUAUGUUCUAUUUUGUAUUCUUUUACUUUCAGUGCAAUAUUGCUUUAUAUGUGUUUGUCUAGUCAACCAUUGUACACAAAGAAUGAAUAUAUAGCUGCAUAGAAUUAUGGUUUGUUUACAUGGUCAAAGCCCAGAGAAGGUUUUAUACUUAAGGGAACUUUACAAAAUAAACAUUUGUCAAAUGAUAUUUAACUUCCUCAUCAUCAGCUAAAAGGGGUAUUGGAGACCUGUAAAGUGUUAUUUUCUAAAGUUCAGAAAAAUGUGAGCUUUAAAAGGGAUUUUACUCCAAUGGUAUAUAGUGUAAACUUAUUUGAUGAAAACAUGCGUAAAAUUUUAAUUUUGUUCAGAUAAAAACAUUUACCAAAAUGUUUUAGUUUUUAGCUCACCUGAGCAGAAUGUGCUCGUAGUUAGCUUUUGCGAUCAUCUUUUGUCCGUUGUCCAUUGUGCGUCAUGCAGCAUCAACAUUUACCUUGUUAACACUCUUUAGGCCAUAUUUAUUGACCAAUCUUCAUGAAGUUUGGUCAGAAGCUUUGUGCCAAUGAUAUCUUGGAGAAAGUCGAAAAACAUGGCCGCCAUGGGGCGGGGCAUUUUUCCUAAUAUUGUUUUUGUAAAACCUUGUUAACACCCUAGAGGCCACAUUUAUUGUCCGAUAAUCAUGAAACUUGGUCAGAAGAUUUGUCUUAAUGAUAUCUUGGAUGAGUUCCAAAAUGGGUCUGGUUGCUUGAAAAACAUGGGCGCCAGUGGACAGGGCGUUUUUCCUUAUAUGGCUUUAGUAAAACCUUGUUAACACUGUAGAGUGCACAUUUAUCAUUAUUCGAUCAUCAUGAAACUUGGUCAGAAGAUUUUUCACAAUUAUAUCUUGGAUGUGUUGAAAAAUGGUUUCAGUUGCUUGAAAAAUAUGGCCACCAGGGGGCGGGGCAUUUUUCCUUAUAUGGGUCUUUUUGGCUAUAGUAAAACCUUUUUAACACUUUAUAGAGUCCCCAUUUAUUGUCUGAUCUUCAUGAAACUUGGUCAGAAAAUGUGUUCCAAUGAUAUCUUGGAUAAAUUAAACAAUGGUUCAGGUUGGUUGAAAAAUAUGGCUGCCAGGGGGCAGGGCAUUUUUCCUUAUAUGGCUUUUGUAAAAACUUGUUAACUCUCUAAAAGCCACGUUUAUUGUCCACUCAUCAUCAAACGAGGUCAGAACUUUUGUUUUAAUGAUAUCUUGGAUGUGUUCUAAAAUAGUUUUGGUCUGUUGAAAAACAUGGCCACCAGGGGAGAGGGAAGUUAUCCUUAUAUGGCUAUAGUAAAACCAAGUUACAUUUAUAGUUCGCUCUUCAUGAAGCUUAUUCGAAACAUUUGUUCUAAUGAUAACUUGGGCUGCACAGAACAGGUCAGUUCCUUUGUAUCUCAGGUGAGCAAUUUUGGGCCUUUCAGGCCUUCUUGUUUCUCAAAAUUAGCUGAUGACAAGAUUCGAUGUUGACGACUGCAACCUUUAUAAUUUUCAUUCUUACUUGAAACAUUUUAAAGUGUAGUCACUCAAAUGGUAUUGUGUCGUGAGCUCUGACGCUGGUAUGUAUUUCUACUAUACAAUUAUACUCUUCUUAUCUCAUCAAAUAUAUUUGUUGCAUUUUUAUCUUUUUAUUUCUUUCUAUGUUUUUAUAAAUAUUAUGUAUCAGAUACUGAACCUAAUGAAUUAAUAUUUAAAAUAUUCAAAAACUUGUCAAACAAUAAUAAUAAGGGAAUUUUUAAUUGUAAAUUCUCCCCUCACAUGAUAGCCGGUUAUGCCUGUGAAGUAAAUUGUGUAAGUCAUUGUAAUGAGGUAAGAGCAAAGAAUAUAUUCAAGUCGAACCAAGCUUUAUCAUUAUAAAUAUGAAAUGCAUUUGUUACAAAGUAUUAGUUAUUUGUGGAAAAAGUGAUUUACUUCCAUUAAGUUGAUGCUCCUUUACAAUGCAUUGAAUAAUUCUUUAUGCAAGGGGUCUUCUAUUUGCAUGGUUUUAUAUAUUAUACAAGGUAAUAAGCCAUAAUGUAAUUUGGUAAUAGUAUAUGUUGAAGGAACAAAAAUGCUUUUAUUGUUUUAAGACUGAAUAAAAAACAAACAAGAA